AUGACCGAACAAUCCAAUGGCGACCGCCGCGCCUCCAAGUCGUCGCCGCCCACCGGCCGCCGCAGGGACAAGGCCCAGCUGUCGUGCAUGCUGUGCCGCCAUAGAAAAUUGCGAUGCGACCGCAGCCAGCCGUGCCAGAAUUGCUCCAAACGCGGCCAGUCGUGUGUCUAUGUCAACGCCGCCAACAACAACGCCCACGGCAAGCCCGGCCCGUCCGCGAAGCAGUACCCGGCCUACCUCAACGGCCUGCACGACCGCAUUCGCCACCUCGAGGCCAUCGUGCUGAACCUCGUCGGCCCCCGCGCCUCCGUCGCCGACAGCAGCGACCCCCAAGACGAGCCGCACAUCGCCGAGUCCGUCGAGCGCCUGAGCAUCGAUGACGAUGGCUCCAGCUACUUCGGCAGCUCGACGUGGCAGGCCAUCCUGGAUGAGAUCGGCUACAUGAAAGAUCUGAUUCCAGAGAGCCAAGAGAACCCGUUCUCGGCCCGCGACGAUGUGGACCAUGGAGGCUUGGACCUGUUGCUUGGCUCCAGGGUCUAUGUGGACACGUCCGAGCUGUAUGAUGCCAUCCCACCGCAGUCGGACGUUGAGCCGCUGGUGGAGUUCUUCUUUCAUAACAUGGAACUAUCCCCUCUGAUAGUUCAUUCUCCGACUUUUCGGAAGGAAUACGAGGCUUUCCUGAUCGACCCCACCGGCGUAUCACCAAUAUGGAUCGCUAUGCUCUUCGCCAUGCUGUCCCUGGCCUCCAAUUUCCGCCUCCUGUCCGGCGUCGAUCGCGGUGAGGAGGCCGCUCUCAGAGUCGCCGUCAAAAGCUACCGGGAGAAGUGCGCCCAGUGUUUGAUAUUAGGAGACUAUACGAAGCCCUCCAAACACAGCCUCCCUGCCAUGCUGUUGUAUCUCUCGUGUGAACGCUUGCGCAGGGAAGAAUACGAUAUCGGUCUUCCCAUGCUCUUUUCAAUGAUCGUGAGUCUGGCCAUGCGCAUGGGGUACCAUCGUGAUCCGCGGCACUACCCGAAUCUAUCCCCGUUUGAGGCCGAAAUGCACCGCCGCCUGUGGACCGUCCUUAUACAGUUUGACUUGAUAAUAUCCGUUGGGGUGGGACUUCCUAGGAUAAUCAAUGAGAAUCAUGCCGAUAAUACGCCGCCGCAUAACUUCCUAGAGGAGGAUAUCUCAGAAGACUUGACAGAACUGCCACACCCAAGACCAGCUGCCGAGCCAACUUUAGUGACAUAUGUCAUCGCCCGUAUGAGAAUGAUCAAGAUGCUUGGCCGGAUCACUGAUCUGGUCCACAACGCCGCCAAAACCCCGUAUGAUACGAUCUUAGAGGUAGAUCGCGACCUGUACUCGCUCUAUCAGCAGCUGCCCACAUUCUGUAAAGUUGGUGAAGGCCCCGAAAUAAACGACCCCAUGACUUUUCUCCAGCGGCUCUCAUUUGAGUCCCUGUACGAGCAAGCCCGGUGUACGCUGCACCGGAAGUAUCUCACCGUACCAGACCCGCGAUACGCGUAUUCACGCGGGGUCUGUGUGGACGCCGCGCUGCGCAUGCUCGCUCAACAGCGACUCAUGCAUGAAGAGAGCCAGCCGAAUCGAAUCCUGUAUAAGCAACGCUGGAAACUCCUCACGUAUCUCAACCGCGAGAACCUCCUGGCGACGAUGAUCGUCGGGCUGGAUGUGGAGCAUUCGUUAAGGCGCAGGGCGGCGCAGAAUUAUUACCCCCCCGUCGGCGACGCGGCCCUGGAAACCAAGCUUGAGGCCCUGGAACACUCCCAUGCCAUCUGGGAGGAGUACCGGUCCAUUUCGAAAGAAGCUGCCACAGCAGCGACCGCAUUGGCCAUCAUCCUCGCCAAAGCGAAAGAAGUCUUCGGUCCGCUGCCCAUUACAGACGGCACCGUCAUGCCUGGCAUGUCAAAUUGCACCAGCCCCGUGCAUAGCCUUCAGGGUGACCAGUACACCGUCAGCCCCAUCGAGUGUCUGCCGCCUCCGUCUAGCGCGACGGCUGGCCCUGCAGUUGCUACGGCCCUGCCAACACAGUACAUGCUAGGGGUCGAAACCAACGGCGGCGUGCUGAAUGAAAUGUCCGCAGGCGGCCAACCGCAAUUUCAAUACGAUCCCAAUCCCAUGUAUCCGCAGCCCGCUCCGCCGCCUCCGCCGCCUCCGCCGCCAACAAUGAUGCCGCCCGAGACUAGUCGGGCGUCGUUGUCGCCGAUGAGUUCCGGGAUAUCGCCGCCCCACGCCUAUAAGGUGAUGGAGUCGAUGAUCGACCAGCCGAUGAACCUAGGUUGGUGUGCGCUUUGGGAGAGCCAGUACCCUGGAAAUGGCGACUAUCCCAGGCCCGUUCCCACGGAAGAUGAAUUGUGGGAACUCAAUGGCAAUACUGCCAACAGCAAUGCUAACUGCAAUAGCGUCAACGCCACGAGUAGUGUUGUCUUCCCGCCCCCAGCGGUAGGCCCGCCGUUCCAUUCGAGCGGCGCAGCGGGGUAUCUUGCCUAG